AUGCAAUGUACACAGAACACAGCUGAUGAGAAGUUUCAAUGGCUUUUGAAUUAUAUGAAUAAACUUCUAGCCACUUCUCGAUAUCAAUAUUACGAUCAUAAAGCAUCUGUUUCCAGUGAAACAAUCGACAUUGACAGGGGCAAACCUCUCAAUCAGGAGCAAAUGUCUCACAUUUCAGGAGAAAAUGAAGAAAAACUAAUUGAAUCUUUUCGCAACAAUGAACCGAAACAAUUAUUUGAUAAUGAGAAAAAAUUGACUACUGCCGAGCAACAUCGAGUCAUAACAAAUUUGUCUAAAAUCGCAUUCGAAACUCGAUCAAAACAUAUUUCAUUAACACUUACAAUAAAUUUUGUUGGAAAUUGUGAUGAAACGAUCGCUAAUGUCUCAUCAAAUAUUAUGAUUGAUCAUCUUCUACGAUUAGAUUUUGCUAUAUAUCAAUAUUUACAAGAGAAAAAUGACUUCAUAGCGCGACUUUUAAUUGUUCUCAACCAACAGUUGACUGAAAGUCGGGUACGUCGACAAUUUAAAAAGAAUUCCCUGGAAUUUAAUCAACAGGUUGCUCUGUCGGAAAGAAAUCUUCAAGUAUUUUUAAUUAAACAAGUGCACUGUGAACAACAAGCACUCCCUCGACAAGAAAACGAGAACUCAGUCUCAUUACUUUCAACAACUCCAAACUUGUCCCGUUUCUUUCGACAAACCUAUGACCGAUCAGCGUCAGCAUACACAUCGAAAAAGAAAGCUCAUCGAUAUCAUUCUUCAUCGAUGAAUAUGAACAAUGAAAAAGCUCGAACUACAUUUUCUCGUGUUGAUGAAAAACUGGAUCGAACGGAUUUAAAAAAGGAUUUCGAUAAUCAUGUCAGAGAACCAUCGGAGAUCUAUAUAAAACUAUUCGACUGUCAAGCAGCGUGCAAGUUAAAUAAAAUUCACAUUUUUUCAUUAAGCUGGAAUCGAUUGUUCAUUAGACGACUGACUGAGAAGUACAAACAGGUGAAGCAUUACCCUUCAAAUCGGAAUAAACCAUUCAAAUUGCCAAUUUGUUACCGAAAUUUCCCUUCAUCAUUCAAUGCAUCAUCGAAAUCUCACAGAGCAAAGAAACAAGUUCUGAAUCAAUACUAUUCGAAGUCAAUCAUGAACAAAUCAACUUGCCGAGAAAAGUAUCAAACAGAGAUAUCGAUCGAUGUUCGAAAGAAAUCGUGCCAGCAUAUGCUUAAAGAUAGAAGAAUCGAUGAUGAAUUUGUUUGUUUCGGAAUUGGUGCGAUUGAUUUUAUUGACAAUUCAGAAGCGCCAACACUAUGUUUGAAGCAAGAUGGCAUAAAAUCAGAUGAACGUAUCUGUUUAUAUCGAAGAGUUACAUCGAAAAGGGAACUGAAUUAUGAAAAGGGAGAUAAACAAAAAUCUUCCGAAGCUUUCUCUCAUCCAAGUUUCGAGCGCGAUUCAAAUUUAUUCACCAAUCAAACUCUGUCAAUAGACUAUGAAAACAAUUAUUAUACCAAUAUUGACCUUGAAAUUUCCUUAUUAAGUGAAAUGGACGUUUCAACAACCUAUCAAUGGCCUUCCAUAGCAAUUCUGAUGGCAAAUCUAGUACCAAUAUGUCCUUUGACAGUCAUCAAUUGUCGAUUAUUAGCAACUGCAGUACAAACGCCAUACUUGCCAUCUGCAAUUCAUAUGUUCGACACAUCAGAUCUGUGGCGAUAUCGAUCAUUAUCGACUGUCAUACUUCUGAAGAAUGAUGAUUAUCAACAAGAACAUUCACCCAUACAAUCUGUAAAUACAUUAUUCGAUCGGAAUUUUCAUUCCACGAAUGAUCAACAGAUAUUUGAUAGUGACAAUGAACAUUCGAAGGAUAAACAAGCUAUAAAACGUAACUUAAGUUCAGCUAGUGAACCAGUGCUGGAUAAACUGCAUACUUCAUUUCUUGAAUCGAUACUAUUUGAUGAUAGAACAGAUCUCCAAGAAACUGAUCUUCAUUCAGACUACAGCCCUAUAGCUACAAUUUCGGAUCAAGAUCAAUUAACCUCAUUAGAUACUAUUUUAGAAGGUAUUCUCCUUAGAAUUGCUCUAUUUCAAAUUUCGUUUGAUAACCAUGUUUCUCUCCAAGCUCAGCGAUCGCCACAGAAAAUACUCGAUCAUUUCGACAAUGAAAUGCCGUCUCCUUUGUUAACUGAACCAUUGCGAUCCUCUCUAUCUAUUGCAAACAUAGAGAAUUCUGUGGACGAGUUUGUACCAACAACACAUGUUGACAUCCAAGACACGGAACAACAUCAAUCGAUGACAAUUCUGACACAUGUACCUCUAUCUGUGUUACAUAAUCAUGUUAGUCAUGAAAAAAUUGUAUCUACAGCUGCUGCUGAAACCCAAACAUCACUAUUUGAACCGUUGGACACUUCCAAUCGUUCCUUAAUGGAAAACACCGAUCUCCAACACAUUAAUUUAAAAAUAAACCAUAAUCUGUCUCUGGCGAACUCCAUUAUCUCAAGCGAAGAAAAAGCUACUUUAGCGCAUUCAUUAUUACAUCACUCAAAAUACCCACCAUUAAUGUCUGCAUCUUCUAUUCAUAGAAAACCUUCAUCAAAUAAUUUGAAUGUAUCUUUGGUGCAUUACCCGAAGAAAUCGAGACUUAAUAUCGCAACGAGUGCAUGUCAACCAUCAACUAAGAAGUCGAAAAUGUCACGUAGUAUAAAGAAAUGUCCAACAUCGAGCAAUCAACAUGUGCGACGCCCGCAUAAAAGAUACUCUUCACCGGAUCAGAUGAUAAGUGCGCAAUCGAAAGCUCUUUCGAAUAGACGAAGAAAUACGACCUCAACAAUUACUGGAAAGAAACCAGUAUCUAAAAACCAACCACCGUGGGUAUCGGUAUAUACAAAUACUGCUCUUCAGACUAAGUCUUUCAAACGUACAACUCUCACACCAGAACAAUGUGAAAUGCAUUGCCAAAUCGUACCACCUUGUACGAAACUUGAACAUUUCUGUUGUCAACCCUGCCGACAUCUCCCUCCAUGUUCGGCUGUGAAAGCAACUAAUCUCUGUAGAGUAUAUUUAACAUAG